AUGAUGAUAGCAGUCUGUUGCGACAGAAUUCAGGAACUGCACGAGAUGUUGCAGGAACCAAAGUUGGGAGCUGCAGAAGCUGUGAGCCAUGUAGUCAUAGUUGGUCUUACAAGUUAUAGUGGCGAGUUGUCCGGAGAAAAUCACCAUCCUCAAGCGACUACAGCUACCGAAGACGUGCCAUGGCGGGCAUCUCCGGCUGGAAUGAAGCCUGUGCCGAGGAUCCACCAAAACCCCGUUCUUCGCCUCCCUCAAAACCCUAACUCCAGCUACGCUCUCAGCGUUAUGAAACAUCCGAAUCCCAUUGGAGAGGGUUUUGGAACAGAAGCAAGGCUGGAAUCGGCGGGGCCAGAGUGCAUCGUUCCUGGUCAGGUGGCUCCAGUUAGAAUUCUUGGAUUAAAGGUUUGGCCUAUUGAUAUUAACCUUAAGUUUGUGCAACCUAUUGGACGGGAGCUGCAAGUUCUAGGGAAGUUCAUGGAUUCAGCUGUGAACCUUAUGAAUGCAUCAUUUCAAGAUAGGUAAAACCGUUCUUUAUUCAUCCUUUACAUUCCAGCCGUGGCACAUUCCUAGUCAUGGUAUGGUUUAUAUAUAUAUAUAUA